AUGCUUGGGUUAGCCUCAUACGAAAGCAGCAGUGAGGAUGAGAGCACCGCGAAAGAUACCCCUGUUAAUGUGAAGGGAGCACUGGCUGCCGAGCAGAAUAAGCAGAGUGACAGCUUGGUUGAUGCAGAGACUCCGUCCAAAGAGCCAGUCGAGGCUACACAGAGCGAACUAACAGGGCUAGGUGCACCAUCUACUGAAGCUGUCGACGAAUCUACCAAGCCUAUAGUUGGGCCUUUACCUCCCACCGAUUAUACACCGCAGCUACCAGAAGAAUCCGACCAGUCCGGCAAACCAACAUCUUUCAUUUCUAUUAGCUCGCUACGAAGAGACAUGACGCUUCCUCCGGUUCCAAAUCUCGACAUUCCUCCGUCUCCUCCAGGGUCACCCAACCCCGAAAUGAACAAGAAGUUCGAACAUUUCCUUUCCCUAAAGAAACAGGGCGUUCACUUUAACGAAAAGCUAGCUUUUUCCUCGUCACUGAAGAACCCAAAUUUACUCCAGAGUCUGAUGAAGCAUGCUGGCCUGGAUGAAAGGGCGCAAUACGGUACCUCCUUGCCUGCAGAAAUAUGGGAUGUUACGACUCUCCCGCCAUGGGCUUACAAAGACGAGCUGUCAAAGAGCCAGCAGAGCAUACGCCGCAAGCUGGAAGAGAAGAAAACUGACCGUGAUGCAAUCGAAUUCGUCUCCAGCUCUGGGAACGGUACUCCUGGGAGUGGUAGGCUAAAAUCCAGUGCGGCCGAGCGGGUCAUGGCUGACCUCAGUCGAGAGCCGUCUCCGCUUAAGCUAGACCAGAGCAAGCGGAACGAUCAGGAUAAACGACAUCGACGGGUGGAUUUGGAAUAUAGAAGACACCGAUCACGGUCACCAGGGAGAAGGAAAAGAUCGAGGUCUCGAUAG